ACCAACACAGUCCUGACAUUACUUGAUCUGUGGUCCUGACGUAGAACUUAGAAGACAGUUGACAUUUGUCUGACAUUGUAGUUGACAGAGAUUGAGAUGAAAUUAUUUUUAUUUAAUCUGAUUUAAUCAACAUUUUGUUUUGUACGGUGCCUUUUUAUGAUCUAUAAAUGAAUCUGAUCAAAUACGUAAUUUUCAAAUGUUAAGAUACUAUAACAGUUAACAUUGCUCGUUGAAAAGUAAUUGUACGACUGAAAAAAAAUAAUAAGUAGUUGUAAUUCGAAUGUAAACUUUACUAGGUAUAUAAUAAGUUUACUGUCAUUUUAAUGUUAAAUAUAACCUGUCGGAGGUCUGUGUGAACUGGCUAAUAGAGUGAAAAUUUAUCUAGUGCUUAGCGUGUAAAGAAUUAUUAGUGAUACAAAAGUGAGCAUGGCGAAGGAAGAGGAUGACGACAAUUUGCCGGACAAAGACGCGGCAAAGGAGUUCUAUGCUAAAUACGAACCGAAGGAAAUAAUUGGACGAGGCAUCAGUUCCACAGUAAGACGAUGUAUAGAAAAAGAGACAGGUCGGGAAUAUGCAGCCAAGAUCAUAGACCUCAGUCAGGAGUCUCAAGAUGGGGUGGACACGCAAACCAUGAGAGAUGCAACUCGGCAAGAGAUCAGCAUCUUGAGGAUGGUGGCGGGGCAUCCCUAUAUUAUUGAGCUGCAAGACGUGUUCGAAUCGGAGACGUUCAUCUUCCUGGUGUUCGAGCUGUGCAAGAAUGGGGAGCUGUUUGACUACCUCACGUCUGUGGUCACGCUCUCGGAGAAGAAGACGCGCUACAUCAUGAGACAAGUGCUGGAGGGCGUGCGGCACGUGCACAGCAAGCGCAUCGUGCACCGCGACCUGAAGCCGGAGAACAUCCUGCUGGACGACCAGCUCAACGUCAAGAUCACCGACUUUGGCUUCGCCAAGCUGCUCGCUGACGGGGAGAAGCUCUUCGAGCUGUGCGGCACGCCGGGCUACCUGGCGCCGGAGACGCUGAAGGCCAACAUGUUCGAGGACGCGCCCGGCUACGGACACGAGGUCGAUAUAUGGGCGUGCGGCGUCAUCAUGUUCACUUUGCUGGUGGGCUGCCCGCCGUUCUGGCACCGCAAGCAGAUGGUGAUGCUGCGCAACAUCAUGGAGGGCCGCUACUCCUUCACCAGCCCCGAGUGGGCCGACAUCUCGGAGGACCCCAAAGAUCUCAUUCGCAAGUGCCUAGUGGUGGAGCCGGAGGAGAGAAUCGGCAUAGAGGACGCGCUUGGUCACCCGUUCUUCAACGCUAAGCUGUGGGACCAGGACGUGACGCCGCUCAAGAAGACCUACUCCAGCGCCGGCCGCCGGAUGUCGCGCAUCGACCAGAUCGCCAUGGCGCUGAAGGCGGGCGGGUGGAGCGCGCGCGCGCGGCUGCGCGUGGCGCUGUGCGCGGUGCGCGCCGCCGUGCGCCUGCGCCGCCUGCCGCACGCCGCCGCCAGCGCCCUGCCGCUGCAGGACGCGCUCACCGACCCCUACACGCUGCGCGUGCUGCGGAAGGUGAUAGACGGUUGCGCGUUCCGCGUGUACGGGCACUGGGUGAAGAAGGGCGAGGGGCAGAACCGCGCGGCGCUGUUCGAGAACACGCCCAAGACGGAGCUCAAGAGCCUGUACGUGAGCAACCUGAGCCGGUAGGCCGCGCGCAGCACCGCCGCCAAGCGCUGCGACCCUGGUACCACGAGGAGUCGACGUACCAGGGCGGCAGAAGUGGCGAGACGUCGCGAGGUUGGUCGGCGAGUAGCCAGUAGUCUGUAGUUAGUGUAACGACGCAGGCAAUAAGUCAUUUGUGAUCUAUUACGUUAGUUAGAUUCUUGUAUAAGUAGUAUUAUUCAGUUGUGAUAACUGGUGUGAUGUCGAGUUCUGUUUCGAGUUACUUUUCUACGAUCGACCACUCGUUCGAAUUAUAUUAGCCAAUAAGUUAUGUAAUAUAUAAUGUACAUUAUAUUUAUGGAUGUUUAAAUGUAUUUGUUUUAAUGCAAAGGAAUGUUAUUCAAUACACUAUUAUAAGUAUA